GCAACUUUGACAGGGCCACUGUCUACUCCACUGGAACAAUUCCACGUCUGAUUUGCUUCACAGUUUAGAAGGUGGCAUUUCUUAAAUCGCAAACCAAAUGUAACAAAGACCAAUGUGAAGUCUAUGUGUGCAACAAAGGAUGUAACUUCUCCCAAAAAGGAGUCUUUCAGGAGUGCUGUCCUCCAUUGCUCAGGCCAUGUCCAGGAAUAAAAAUACCUCCACUAAGCUGCUUAUGAGGACCAUUAGAAAAUAUCUGCCCGCCCCUCUUGUCUCCUUCCCUGCCCUCCCCUCCACCUAGGCUCCGCCCUGAACUGUCUCAUCCUUUCCUCAACUCCUCCUCCUCCUCCCUGCUUUCUUUGCCUUCCCACUAACAGUCGAGGGGUAAUUAACCCGGCUCAAGACAAGCCUAGCGGGAAUGGCGGUCCUGAAAGUGACUUUCACCAAGACCAAGCGGGGCAAGCUGGCCCAGGCGCUCUGGCUCCUGAACUGGGUCUCCGUGGUAACGGGCUUCCUCCUCAUCAGCCUGGGCCUCUUCCUGAAGGCGGAGAUCCAGAAGCGGUGGGAGCUGAUGUCCGAGCGGGAGGUCCACGCCGUGCCGAGCGUGCUGAUCGCGGUGGGCCUGGCUGCCUGCUGCAUCAACUUCCUGGGCGGGAAGAUGUGCGUGGAGGGCGCGGACGCGGCCGCCUUCCUGCGCUGGAAGCUUUUGAUGCCGCCCUACAUCGCGGGCACCUUCUGCUUCACCUUCUGCCUCCUGGCGGGGGCGCUGCUGUGCCACGCCGUGCGCGGGCAGCUGGAGGAGUCGCUGUCGCAGGGGCUGCGCGACGCCAUGCGCUACUACAAGGACACGGACGCGCCGGGCCGCUGCUUCCUCAAGCACUCCGUCGACGUGCUCCAGAUGCAGUUCCAGUGCUGCGGCAACGCCGGCUUCCGGGACUGGUUCCAGGUCCAGUGGAUCAGCAACCGCUUCCUGGACUUGUCUCGCGCCGAGGUUAAAGACCGACUGAGGAGUAACGUGGAGGGGAAGUACCUGAUGGAUGGAGUGCCUUUCAGCUGCUGCAAUCUGAACUCCCCUCGGCCCUGCAUCCAGCACCAGAUCACCAACAACUCCGCCCACUUCAACUACGACCACCGCACUGACGAGCUCAAUUUGUGGAGACGGGGUUGUCGGCAGGCCCUGCUGGACUACUACACCCAGAUCAUGCGCUCCAUCGGCUCCAUCGUGCUCCUCAUCUGGCUCUUUGAGCUGUCUGUGCUUACCGGGGUACGCUACCUGCAGACCUCCAUGGAGAACGUCCUCCGCCAGGGGGACCCAGAGUCCGAGUCCGAUGGCUGGCUGCUGGAGAACAGCUUCGCAGAGACGGCCCGCUACAACUUCAACAUCAUCAAGAACCUGGGCAAAUGUUACCAGGGUGAUGAGGAGGAUGAUCCCAACAUCAAUGUUCCCACCUCUGCUCAAAGCAGGCCUGAAGAUGUGUCUUCCAAACAGAUGAACCUGCCUAUUUAAGCCCCCUCCUCAAAGAACAUGACACAGCAAACCUUCUCCCAGGUGGAUAUAUCUGAGGCCUUACAAGUGUGACAGCUGGAACAGGAGGAGAAUCUGCUCUGAGAAAUUUGGAGACACAAGGUGUCGGAAAGCAAGGCUGAACCACUAACGUGCUAUGAAACAGCCACACUAAUGUGUGAAAGCCCCAUCACAACAUUGUCUUUGUGCUACGCAUGAAUCCUGCCUAAGCUCUACUAAAAAGCUACGCACAGAAACAUUUCUAGGGAAAGGGUCUCAGAUGGUGACUACAAGAACCAGGUUUUACGUAACUGCUGGGUUUUCCCUGGAGAGAUCAGUGGCACAAUACAGUGACACCAUCACUCCAGUUGACCCAACAAAGGCAGGAGAAAGUGAACAGCAGAUGAAACAUGGUCCAUUUUCCCAAAAGGUUUUAUAAAAUGUCCAGCUAUCUGAAGCCUUGUGAUUUUUGGGGAUUUCUUUCUUAAUUUUACUGACAGUGAAAUUUGCUGUACCAUAGGCCUCCUUGAUACGGCAACUGUGAGCGUGACCAUUAAGAGAAAUCAUACCAUGUUCAUAGUACGAUGUGCCUCUGCCCACUCUAGAUUCAUAGGAACAUGUUUCCAGAAUCAUACCAGUAAAAGGUGUUGCUUGGCCGCUAUGUGUAUGGCUAGGAAAAUAAGUAAAUACUGUUUUUCCCUGCUUGGUAAAGUAACAGCAGUGUAUUAUGCAUUUUGUAGACAACAAAGAAGGCACGGCUAUACCUUAAAAGGUACACAACUUCAGUCCUGGAGGGCUGGGCUGCAUGCUGGUUUUUGUUCCAACCAAUUACAUUUGUUUUAGCUUUCUGACAGUUCUAUAAACUACUGUACAUCCCUGUACUUGUGCACAGUAAAAUCUUUAGGAUAUACUUGCAGUUUGCAGCUGUAGCUGGUACUUAUACAAAUGUAUGUUGUGCCCCGUUGCCUGGCUGUGAUAUAUUUGUCCAAUACCAUUUUAUUUUGCUUAAUUAAUUAACCAUCUGACACUUAAUAACUAUCAGCUCUUAAAUGAUUUUAAAUAAUGUGUUAAGACUACACUAUUAUGACAAGGCCUUCUGUGAUUAACAAUAUUGUUCAAGUGAGAGGAUGAAGAAGAGACAGUAAGUCCUCAUGUCACACUGGAUACUUUUUGAAGGGCUUGCAUGUCAAAACUGAUGUGUUAAUGCCAGCAUGAAGCCAUCCAGUGUUCUACUUUUUUCUAUGCAAUGAAAAAAAAUGCUAAUUAUUUUAUUUAUUCUACCAGAGAAUAAUAAACACUGUUAUUUCCUUCUGUGUGUUCAAUGCCAAAAACAGAAAAAUGACUGGAUAAAAUUAAGUA